AUGUAUCGACAUGAGCAUAAGUGGAAUCUGACACUGGGAUGCUGGCUAAGUGCAUGCGAUAUUCCAUUCAUUCCAGAAGGUAUUUCAUUUAUUCUAUCGUUAAUUCUUGACCAUCAGACUCCGAACUUUUAUCCAACCGCCAUGAACACCAAACCCGGCGACGGCAAGAUAGCCAGCAAACAGGAAGCGAAGAAAACACAGCCACCUAAUAUUCAAAGGAGGACCUCUCCAUUCGCAGACAAUCCAUGUCCUACGCAUCAUCGCCCUGAUGUUAAUUGCAUGUCCUGCCGAGAAUAUGUGGCUACACUAUCUUUGUCGUAUUCCCUUCUUGAUCGCGAUCACGAGCUGACGUCUUCUAGCACAGCGCCCUGUUUAUAUUGCACAUUCGGUUUAGUAGACGGGGAUCCCAGAUAUCUAUGCCGAGUAGAUUCCUUUGCUGACAACGGGUGCUGUGUCGAAUGCAACUUGGCUCGGAAAAGGUGCACUCGGAUUGGCUUCAAGCCUCUCACGGAUGAAACCGUCAAUUUGAUGAUGAGACGGAAAGGCGCGUGUGUGCUUUUCCAGAGUGAAGGGCGUACGGAGAAGACCAAGGCAAUGCUCGACCUGAUGGUAUGUGAUGCAAUAGCAUAUAUGGUGGACAUGUGGAAAUGUGGAAUGUUUUUGGAGCUCCUGGAUUCUCAUGUGCAAUCGACUGGCCCUGCGAAGAAGGUGACGAAGACGAAAAAGAAGAAGAAGGACGUGAAUCCAAAGUCUGAGUCCAAAGAAGCGAGCACCGAUAAAGAAGCAAGCCCCGACAAAGAAGCAAGCCCCGACAAAGAAGCAGGCCCCGACAAAGAAGCAGGCAUCGACAAAGAAGCAGGCAUCAACAAAGAAGCAGGAUUCGAUAAAAAAGCAAGCAUCAGUCAAGAAGCAGACAUUGACAAAGAAGCAAGCAUCAACAAAGAAGCAGGAUUCGAUAAAGAGGCAAGCUCCGACAAAGAAACAAGCCUCGACAAAGAAGCAAGCCUCGACAAAGCAGCAGAAUUCGAUCAAGAAGAAGGCAUCAGCAAAGAAGCAGACAUUGAUAACGAAGCAAGUACCGAUGAAGACGCAAGCACUGACGAAGACGCUUCAGGCGGUGCCUCGAUUCUGUGAUAGACUUCCCGGAGGCUCCUCUCACGACUUGGACAUGACGCUUUUCUUUGGCCUUUGUUUAUUUAGAGCGAGGAUAUGGUGGCAGAGUACGAGUUCAUAGCGAGUGCGUUUUGUCUAGCGAACACUAAGGUAGUAUGAAUUCACAUACCUAGCAGGUUACAUGAUAUACGAAACCUUAUCCAUCUAGAUGAUGCCGAUCUAUGCGGUAGAGAUAGUAGUAGUCGAUGAUUAGCAGAGAGUCCGGAAUAUAGUGGAUAAGCUAGCAAAAGAUACCCGUGGACGAGACGAGGGUAACGAUAGCAACCGAUACAUGUACUUGAAGGGCCAGGGGGAUGAAGCGCGCUUCCUCUGCAUCUCAC